CCCCGCGGGCGGGAGGGAGGGGCGCCCUGGGAAGGCGGAGCUCCCCCUACCGGCCAGACCCGGGCACGACGCGGAGGCUGCCGAGGUUCCAGAAGGGCCGGGAGGUGGCGUCGCGCGCUGACCCUCACAGGGCGCCGCUGGGGACAAUGACGCUGCUCGCUUUGCUCCUCCUGGCCAUGGCCCUGCCGCGGGUGUGGACAGACGCCAACCUGACUGCGAGACAACGAGAUCCGGAGGACACGCCGCAGAAGGACACAGGUGACGAUAGAAUCUGGUGUCACGUUUGUGAGAGAGAAAACACUUUCGAUUGUGAGAAUCCAAGGAUGUGCAAAUCGGAAGAGUCAUACUGCGUUGUAGCGGCCGUGAAAAUAUUUCCGCGUUUUUUCAUGAUUUCGAAGCAGUGCUCUGCUCACUGUGCAGUAAUUGAGAGACCCAAGCCGGAGCAGAAGCCGUUUCUCCUGGAAGCGCCCAUGCCCUUCUUUUACCUCAAGUGUUGUAAACUUCGCUAUUGUAAUUUAAACGGGCCAUCUGUGAACGAAUCAGUGUUCAAAGACUAUGCCGAGGGCUCCAGUACCAGGAGCUGUGGCGGGCUCGGGCUGGCCGCCCUCCUGCUGCCGGCCGCCACCGCAGCUGGCCUCAGCCUGCCUUGACCCAGGACUGCAUGAACUGAGCCUUCUGGAGCAUGGGCUCACUCCACACCAUUGUAACCUGUUGCAUUAAACUUGUUUUCUGUUGAUUACCUCUUGGUUUGACUUGCCAGGGUCUUGGGAUGGGAGGGUGGGAUCAGGUACAGCUCGCUCUUAACCCUCAAGGGCUCUUCAGCUCACAUUCAGAGCAAGAUCUCCUGGUAGUGAUUCUGGCGACAAGUUUUUCUCUUUGAAAUCAAACCUUGUAACUCAUUGAUGGCUGAUGGCCACUGUUUUCCUUGACUCCCCUCUGCCCCUGAGGGCUUCAGUACUGAUAGGGAGGGAAGCCUAACCACUCACGGAGAGCGUGUGUUCAGAUGCUUCUGACCUUUCAGGUGAUGCAGGAAUCUGAAUGACCGGGGUGAAGACAUCCCUGGAGUGAAGGACUCCUUAGCACAGGGGGCGGUGGGAUACACACAGGGGUGCCCCCAUUCCAGUGGCGGAGGCACUACAGAUGGCUGCCUUUCCUCAGCCUUUCCUACCACAUUCCAGGAGGCAGAAGAUUACUAAUUCUGUUGAAGAAACUUAGACUUCGCCCACCAGCUGGCACAGGUGCACAGAUUCAUAACUUCGCCCACGUGUGUGUUCAACAUCUGAAACUUGGGCCAGGUAGAGAGCGACGUGGCUUUCAUUCCAAGAUGCAGCCAUCCCCAGAGAGCUGAGAAACCAGACUCAAAGUUCCACCCAAAACAAAUACAAGGGGAGCUCACGGAACUCAAAAGUUCAUGGAAAAAUUGAAUUAAAAGAUAAACAUUUAAAAAUAUGUUUAUUUCUCAGCAUGAGCUCCAUCCAGGUCAAGACACCUUUGUGAGUAACGGUUCAGCCAUUUAGUUCAGCCCUAAUGAACUGAGCAUCCUGGGAAUUUAACCAUGUCAAUUCAGUCUUUGUUCUGUUAUUAACUGAAAAAAAGUGGAUGCCCUUUAAAGACUCUUCAAAAUUAGAAAACAGAAAUAACCACAUCAGGCCUGCGAGGUGGAUGCCUAAUAACUUCCCACUAAAACGCUCACAAAACUCCCCUUGUUUGAUGAGCAGAAUGAGGAGCCCUGCCGUGGUGGAGGCAGGAGCAGGAGCCCUGUCACAGUGAACGAGGGCUCUCUGGUGAAGCUCUCUGGGGUGAAGCUCUCCGGGGUAUUUUCCUGCCAAAUCAUUGGUUAACUUUCUCAAUGCACUCUCAUAACGAGAUGUUACUAUUCUGUGGCCCUCCAGAAAGUCAGUAAGCAAGAUGCCUUGAGCAUCCACAAAACUGCUGCCAUGACCUUCGCUCUUGACAUGUUUGCUUUUGCUCCAACGGGGCCGCGUCCGCCUCUCGGUGUCACGCCUCUGCUUCUGCUUUGUCUUCAGGGUUGUACUGCUUAAGCCACGUUUCAUCUCCUGCUAUAAUUCUUUGAAGAAAUGCUUCGGGAUCUUGAUUCCACUUGUUAAAAUCGCUGUAGAAAGCUUUUCUCUUCUGUGCAGCUAAGCUGGGAUAAACAGUUUCAUCACCCAUGGAGUGGAAAGUUCACUCAACUUUAACUCUGGUCAGGACUGUGUAAUCUGAACACCCGGGGAUGCUACACCUUCUAAUAGUACGGACACCUACUGUUUCUACUGCUAUUAAUCAGGCCGCUUCAAUCGGCACAAGCAAGACCAAUGGCUCCUCACAGACUGAUGUGGCUUCCUCUCCAACAUCAUCUCAUCCCGUCUUCCAGUGAGUUGCCCACUUAUUUAAACUGCUGAUUUCUUUGGGGCAUUGUCCCUAUAAACUUUCAAUAAAGCAUCAAUGAUUUCACCAUUUUU